GCGCGUGGCGGGCGGUUCGAGCUGUGGGCGCUUCCCGAGCCUUCCCCGAACCUCCCCUCAGCCUUCCCUGAGCCUUCUUUCACCCCUCCCUCGGCCUCCCCGCCGCCGCCGCCCCUUGCCCUCCCUAAGCCUCCUCUCAGCCCUCCCUCAGCGUCCCCUCCGUCUUCCCGCCCCUUUCCCUCGGCCGUCCCCGAGGCUCCCUUCAGCUUUCCCGCCAUUUCCCGCCUCGCUGCCCGGCCCCGGAGCCGCCGCUGCGGCAGAGCAGAGCGCUGGGAAAAAACUUUAAAACAAAGGUUUAGAAGACCAGAUUCUGCUUGCUGUUGAGGUAAAAAACCCUUAUAGCCAAGACCUUGAAGUGCAGUGUAAUGUCACUGUAGUUUUGUUUUUAGAACAAACUGAAAACCCUGAUCAUCUUGGAAGAUUUAAAAUAACCGUGGGUGGUUUUUUAAAUGAAUGUGCAGAAAAAUGUGUAAGUGAAAUCACUUUUGCAGGCCAAUUAAUUGCUCAGUAUUAACACCUGUUGCUUUUAAAUUAAUGAUACUAUACUGUUUUCAUAAUAAGAUUAUGUGAAAGGAAAAACAUUACUGCUUGCAAUGAUCUGGGAUAUAAUUGAUACAAAAAUAUGUCCUGAUUUGAUCAACAAAAUAUAUUAGGAUAUCUGAAAUUAAAAUUGAUUUCUAGUCUUUGAAUAGCCACUUUAAUCCAAAACAGCAUUCAGGGGUUUUGGUUUUUUUUUGUGAUCUGACACUUCCUUUUUCCUGUACAGACUCUUUUUUAUUAAAAUACUGACUAUUCAUUUUAAAUGGCAAAAAAGUCAAAGCUGGAAUAAUACCCCAGAUUUUUUCAUGUGUUUGGAUCUUUUCUGAUUACAAAAAUAUUUCCAUCAUGAGCUGUGGAAAGGAUUUUGUGGAAAUUCUUAAAAAAAUUGGAUAUCCAGAGGCUGAUGAGCUUAAUGGAGAUGAUUUUGACUGGAUGUUUGAGUCUUCAGAAGAAAAAUCAGUUUUGGAAUGGUUUUGUGGAAACAUAAAUGAGAGGCAUGUGGUAUGUGAAGAAGAACUGCGGGAUUUUGAUAAUCUUCCCCAGUGUGGUAAGCCUGUUUUGGAAGGAAAUGCAUUGGAUGAAGUCCUCAAAACCUUGGAGCCCACGGGUUCAACCAACAGUAGCCAAGAGAAGGACAUAGAAGAAGAGGAAGAAGUGAAGAAAUUAGAGGAUGAGCUUCAGACUCUUCGGAAGUUAAAAAACCUUCGAAUUCAUUGGCACGAUAAACUUCAACUGAUGAUUACCACAAACAGCCACGUGUUACAAACAUUCCAAAGCCGAGAGGAGGAAGCACGGAAGAGUUGGAAAGAAGGACUGGAAGCGUUUACUGCAGCAAAUAAGAAACUUGACAAUGACCUGCAGUCUCUUACAGCUGCAGUGAAGAAAUUUGCCUCUUUCUUCACUGCUUCAGAUUCAGAACAAGGGUCGGAUACACAUCCAGUGUUUUUUUCCAAACUUUCUUUGGACAAAUAUUUGUCUGUGGAAGAACAAAGCACUGCAGCACUUGCAUCACACAUAAAAAAAUAUUUUUAUAAAGGUACGUCUGAAUGCACUGAAAAUUCACAUGAAGGCAGCUUUCAACUUGAAGAUUUUAUCAAGCAAGUCCCUUUUGAUGAGGCUGAUGAAGUUUGUGAAGAGAGGCGAGAGAUAGCCAGGCUCCAGGCAGCGUAUAUUUGUGGUGAGAACCAGAGAAUUCAGCUGCAAGCUGAAGAGGAGGGCAUGAAUUCAGUUCUCAAGUGUGCAGAGAGCCUGCUGCAGCCCUCAGACAAGGGCAUUGGACAACAGGAAAACAUUGAUGCUAAAAUAUCUAGCUUGCGUGCUGAAAUUUCAGCAAUUAAACAAGAUAUAGCUCAGAUAAAUAAUGAAGAGCUGCUUCCUCUUCUUAAGAAGAACGCACAACUUUUGACUGCACCAGUGGUGAAAGAAUACUUAGAUCACCAAAUUGCUCGGCAGGACUGUUAUGCUGCAAUUCAAAAUAAAGUAGGCAGGCAUUUGAUGAGACAGAAAACAUCAUUUGAACUUAUUCAGCUGGCCUGUGAAAUGGAGAUGAAGAAACAUCAGGAGAUCAGCUGCCAGCUUGAGAAUUUGGUAGAAUAUCUGAAACGAAGCACAGAUAAGUUGCAGCACAGACUACAGGUGAUAGCUGAACAAACUGAAAAGGCAAAGCCAAGGAGCACUAUUAGUUCAGAGGAUGGUUUCUCUUGCAGGCUGUAUCAGCUCCUGGAAGGAGGAAGUGAAAAACAACAGUUGUUUAAAACAUACAAAAGCUUGGAGCAGAUGGCUCAGAAGUUAAAGCAGGACUGUGCUACAGUACAAGAUCAGCUGGCAGCAUCUGCUCAAGAGCAGUCUCUCCUUUUGUCCAGCCUGGAAAGGGAUGUGGAUGCCCUUCAUGGUGCUGUCUAUUGUGGAACAAAUCAAGUACAGCUCCGGAGGCCGGAUCUUACUGAGCAGUUCCACCAACUGGAAGUGGAUUUAGGUGAACUAAGACAUCUCCUUAAGGAUCUGGUUGCUGAUCUGAAGUCGAAGAGAAGCUUUUUAGAGUCCAAUAGGCUGCAUCAGAUGGAAAGAGACUUGUAUGUGUAUUUUUUCACAGAUGAAGAGCACUUGAAAGAGAUGGUGGAGAAGCUUGAGCAGCAGUCUCAGGCUAAAGCCAGUGGUCUGGAAGACAAGAAUUUCACAACCAGUGGAGUUCUUCAUGACUAAACAGCAAUAAUGUACUCUUAAGAAAGGAAAAUGUUAAUGUAAACUGUCUAGGAGUUUAUGGAAUAAUAAGCAUUAGGUUGUCAAGGCUGACACCUGUCACAGCAGUGAAUCUUAACUGUCACUGUUACCAGCUGAGAUUGUGCUGCUUUAUGGCUUCUGCCCACUGAAUUAAAUCUCAGUUUUGUCAGAACUCUUGGCUAUGAAGUACUUGUUGGUUAUUUGAAAGAAGUCCAUUCAGGCUGCUCUUCUGCUGGUCUGUAUGUGCAUUUCUGCUGCACACAGCAUAGCAUCAAUAGGAACAUGUCAUACCCUUGAGUUAAGUCUUUUUGCAUGCUAAGAACUUUUGAUUGAACUGCCAAAUAAAUGUGGAGAAGACAUUCCAGAUUUUGGAGCAAGAAUGUAAUGUGCUCAUAGUGAAGAGGAGAGUUCUCAAAGGCAGCAGAUACUCUGAUUGUUUCCCUUACAGUUCUUCUAAGAAGACUUGGUUUUGUGUUGGAGUACCAGAAUCUGUUUUAAGACCAUUCCAAUAUCUCUUAGUUUAACUUAUGGCCUGUCUUCUCCAUUGAAGUCCAUACUUUUACUGCUCUUGUCAAUGAACAAGAAUUUUAAAUUUAUCUUUUGUACUUCUGAGUUUGCCUUAUAAUUUAAAAUGAUAGGCAUUUUAAUUCAGAGGGCUGAUGUUUUCACACUUGUGCUUUCAUGUGCAUUGUUAACCUGUUUAUCAAAUUUUUAUAUAGCUUCCUGUACCAAUGGAACUAGAUAGGCUUUUAUAGUAUGAUAACUUCCAGUCUUUUAUAUUUUGAUGGGAUCAGCUGUGCUUGGUUUCAAGCACUGUACAUAUUGAUGAAGGUUAGUAUAUUAAAUUCAGUAACAAUAGUCUUAAAACUAUUUUUAUGGCAGACUUUUAACUUCUGUGUGAUUAUAACUUAUUUUCAAAUGUGCAAUUUUUUUUUAAGCUUACUGGUUGAGUGUCUAUGUCUGGAUUUCAUUGUUUAACUCUAUAUUUUGUGUU